AUGUCCGAUCCAAUUGUUCACUUCAAUGGCAGUUAUGAGGAUCUCCUUAAUAAGAUUAAGGAAGCUCCGGGCCUUGUUCUUUUAGAUUUCUUUGCAACAUGGUGUGGCCCAUGCCAACGCCUUGGUCAAAUCCUCCCAUCAAUUGCCGAAGCUAACAAGGAUGUUACAUUUAUCAAAAUUGAUGUUGAUCAGAGCAGUGGACCAGCCGCUUAUUGGGAGGUUUCUUCAAUUCCAGCUAUUUUCUUUGUUAAGAAAGAAGGCAACGACAUCAAGACACUAGAUCAUUUUGCUGGUGCUGAUGUUUCUCGCAUCAAAGGCGAUAUUGAAAAAUUCAAGUAA